UUUCUCAAAAUAGAGUCGCCAAUAACCAGAGUUUGAUCCUCGGCGGGUGUGUCGUCGAGUGGGGAAAAACGGUUAGAAAUGUGAACGGGUUGGCGGUGUACACGGGGCUUCUGAAAGGCAGCAGCUUAAACACCACGUCAGGAGGGUCACACUUGGGGCGCAGGAAACAUUCCGUCUCAUCCACCUGGCCAUUGAGGAGCUGAAAGGUCCUGCAGGACUGGAUGAGAAUGGAGUGAGCCUCUUCAAAACACCUGAAGCCAUUGAUGAGAUGUGGGCAGCACAGCAGCGGCACCUGGAGUGCAUCCAGGAUCCGCCAGACAUGAACAUGUAUAGGGUGGCACAUACCACGACCAUCAACAACGUGGACGUGCCGUACUACAAAUGUCUGCGUGGAAGUAACAGCCUGGAAGGAUUCCACAAAGUGCUACUGCACAUGAGUCCAGGUCCCCGUUGUGCAGCACGGCCCUAUCAGGUUUACCUGCUAAGCGGCAUCACACGGUGGAAUGCGGACAGAACCUCAGAUGCCGUGUUUGGUGACAAAGGACGGCAGUACAGGGUCUACUCAGCGCCACUGAUCGACCGCCUCAACAGCCGCUGCAAAGAGCUCUUUGGAGAGACUGUGGAGGAGAACUUCCGUCCCCCGGCUGAUGUGCUGACCAAUGAGCUGCUUGGGUUGGAGUAUCUCUUCAGUCAAAGCACGGGUGAAUCUGGGCCCUUUUCACUUCAAGGUAUCCUUGAAGAUGAAGAAGGACCAGAGAAAGAAGUGGUACAGCCGGGGGAUCCUGAUCCAGAUGAGGAUGACGAGGCGUACCUAAGCGAUGACGAAACUCAUGGCAGUGUGCUGGAUGCUGUCUUGCCUCACGACAGUCACCAAUGAAGAGACCACCACUGUUCACACUCUGGCUCUGGAGGAUGCUUGCAGUGCAAAUCCCCUUCCAGGCUUUCAACAGCUGGAAAAAUUCUGCUCUGUGCUGGUGUAGAUUGGCCUGACAGAUGACAAGCUGUCGCUAACAAUUGAGCAGAGGAACAGGGUCCUUCAAGCCUGGAAUGCUGUGGAGGAGCAUGACAAGCAGCCGCAGAAGUUCAACCGGCUAUACAGAACACACUGGGGCAACACCCUGUACUGCCGCACAAAAAGGGAUGAUCUAGUUGAGGCUGCUGUGGUACAGAAAAUGAAGAUGGCCAAGCGCUACGCACCAGCACAACAGGACAUCAGUGCUCAGCACAACAGGCUGAUGUACACGCUGGUGAAACUGGUGUGGCUACAUUCACCUGGAGGCUCUCGCACUGGUCCCGCAAAGGACGCCAUCUUAAAGGCAUAUGAGCGGAUCCAGCACCGGAUUUUGGUGGAGGAUCCUGUGUUGUCUAAAGCAGGCAUUCCUCUUCC